AUGAGUUCUGCAAAUGGGUCUGGAGAUUUGUCAUCAGAGAUGGAGGUGGAUGCUUUUAGACGCCUUUUCCCUCUACGCUUUCAUGAACGCCAUCUGCUUGAAUCAGUACGACCUGAUGGAAUGGAAGGCUACUGGGAAAAGCUAGAGGUACAACAGUGGCCCUUGACCAUGCUGGCUGCUAUUAAAAUGGAGGUCAUGACACCUACGGUGGACUCACAAGAUGAGGGCUACAUAGCUUUAGCAUCAUCACUGGCAUAUUUUCUUCUACUGUUCUUCCUUGAUAUUCAGCCGCAGAUGGACAUAUAUUGUUUGGAUGCUGAUGGUGCUCUUUUGGACACGGCAUUACUUUCAGCAGUUGCUGCCUUCUCCAAUUUACAAAUUCCUGUAGUUGCUCUGAAUGAUGAUGGAAGAAUAGUAGUUAUGUCCGAGGAAAACGAGGGAGGAAAAUUAGAAAAGAAGCCGGUUAACAAAGAGAAGAGGAAGCUCAAGUUGAGCAGCAUUCCGUUCACCUUAACAUGCAUACUUCACAAGAAUUAUGUCCUGGCCCACCCUACAGCAGAAGAGGAGUCAAUCAUGGAAACUCUUAUUACUGUGGAUUGUGUCGCUUUGACAAGACAGAGAGUGAAAGAACUUGAGAUCAUCUUGGAUGAAGUCAUCUCUACCAUGGAAGUGGACUAA